AUGGAGCCUGAAAUAAACUGCUCUGAAUUUUGUGACAAUUUUCCUGGCCAGGAGCUGGAUCGGAGACCUUUUCAGGAUCUCUGCAGAACAACAGUUACCUCUUCCGACAGCAGUCAGACUAUUUCUCCAGUGUCUCCUGUCCUCUUGGGUAUUAUCUGGACUUUUCUCAGCAGUGGACUUCUUCUGAUACUCUUCUUUCUUGCCUUCACAAUUCGCUGCAGAAAAAACAGAAUUGUGAAGAUGUCCAGUCCAAAUCUGAACAUUGUGACCUUACUGGGCAGCUGUCUGACUUACAGUAGCGCUUACCUCUUUGGGAUUCAAAAUCAAGAUGUGUUAGUGGGCAGCUCCAUAGAAACUGUCAUUCAGGUAAGACUGUCUUUGCUGUGCAUUGGGACCUCCCUGGUGUUUGGCCCCAUUCUGGGGAAGAGCUGGAGACUUUACAAGGUGUUUACCCAGAGGGUCCCAGACAAGAGAGUGAUUAUUAAAGACCUGCAACUGUUGGGAUUGGUGACAGCAUUGGUGAUUGCUGAUGUGAUCCUGCUUGUGACAUGGGUGCUGAGUGAUCCCAUCCAGUGCCUUCAGAUCCUCAGUGUCAGUAUGACGGUGACAGGAAGAGAUGUGACCUGCUCUCUGACCAAAACACACUUCUGUUCUUCCCUCUACUCUGAUGUCUGGAUUGCUCUCUUUUGGGGAUGCAAGGGUCUGCUCUUGCUGUACGGCACCUACCUGGCUGGCCUGACUGACCACGUCAGCUCUCCUCCUGUGAACCAGUCCUUAACCAUCAUGGUAGGGGUCAACCUCGUGGUGCUGGCAGCUGGACUUCUUUUCGUAGUCACCAGAUAUCUGCACUCCUGGCCCAACCUGGUCUUUGGACUCACAUCUGGAGGCAUCUUUGUUUGCACAACCACAAUCAACUGCUUCGUCUUCAUUCCCCAGCUGAAGCAAUGGAAGGCAUUUGAAGAGGAAAAUCAAACAAUCCGACGCAUGGCCAAAUAUUUCAGUACUCCCUGCAAAAGCUUUCAUACCCAGUGUGGUGACGAACAGAAUUACCACCCCAGAGGAGACAAAAACUCCAUGGAAAGGCUCCUUACAGAAAAGAAUGCUGUGAUUGAAAACCUGCAGGAACAGGUAAACAACGCCAAAGAGAAACUAGUGAGGCUGAUGUCAUCAGAGGGCCCCUGUGCUCCCCCAGAGUGGGCUGUUGCACGUGCCUCCUCCCCGAGCACAGGUAUCCAGGCUGCAGCCUCGGGUCACAGCAUGACAGCGCAGGGGCCCUCGGGAGGCCUCUCUGACUCCCAGAAUGAUUCCAGCCCAGCUGCCCAGGACUGUCAGAGUACCUCAGUGCCUUCUUCAAGUAUACAAAGCCUCAAGGGGCCUGUGAAGGAGGACCUCAGCCCUUCCCCAGGGCAGAAAGAGAAGUCAUCUGACUUAAAAGACUUUUCUGAUCAUUUAAACUUAGGCUGUAGCCAGAAGCCGAGGGUUGAGCAAAGUGGGUGCCCUGAAGGGGGAAGCCAGGUACCCAUAGUCCCCAGUCUGAAUCUCAUACCAGGUGAAGUCUCUGCUCUCCAUAGACAAAGACAGCCAGAGAACUCAGAGGAGCCACAAGAGCGGCUGUCAAGGGUCAAUACAGUAAUCAGGAAGAAGCUUCAGGAAGUGUUACAAGAUCUGAGCCUGGGCCCUGAGACUCCACUCCCCUUCUCCUCCUCUUGUCCCCAGCAGCUUUUCAAGAGCAGCGCUGCCCCACUCCCCCAGAAGAUGGCCUUCCCCAAGGAGUUGGGCUUCAGCCCAUAUAUGGUGAGAAGAAGGAAGGCAGUGCUGCAGGCUCCCUCGCACUUUCUUGGUUCUGUGACCUCAAAUGUGUGGCGCCAGGCAAACAGGACUGUUUCUGAGGCACAGAGUAGACUGAGUGGGCCAAAUGUGGACAACCAUAGCAUGACCCAUCGAACUCUUCACCCCAGGGUCCCAAGGCCCACUUCCAGGAAGCCUUUACUACCACUCCCAGAUCCUCAUAACAGGGCAGGUAACCUAGAGAGUAGUAACCAAUGUCAGACUGAGCGCCAGAGGGCUAGAGGGAGCCACGGAGUAAGACUCUCCUCCCCACAUCUACUCACAACCUCACCAGACCUGCCUGAGCAGCAGCAGCUGCAGCCUCCCAAAUCCCCAGCCUACCCCUCGCUGUCUUCUCCCUGCAGUUACCUUGACACUGACUCCAGCAGCUCAGAUGAGUUCUUCUGCCGCUGCCACCGACCCUACUGUGAAAUCUGCUUCCAGAGCUCCUCUAACUCCAGUGACAGUGGCACAUCAGACACUGACCCAGAGCCUGCUGCGGGCCAGGCUUCCUGGGAAAAACUGUGGGCCCGUUCAAAGCCUAUCGUGAACUUUAAAGAUGACUUGAAACCCACCCUGGUGUGA